AUGGCCCCGUCUCGGGUUCAGGCUAAGGGCCUCACCGGAAGAGCCUUGCAUCAGGUCCAGAUUGCCCUCAUUGUGGCUCCGGCCUUUGUGUGUUUUGGCUACAAUCAGUCGGGCGUGGGCCCCCUCGCGACUCUACAGAGUUGGGUGCACACCUUCCCUGCCAUCGACACCAUCAAUACCACUGGCGAUCUCAAGUCGCACCAAUCGACCCGCCAAGGGGCGGUGGUUGCCUCGUUUCAGAUCGGAGCUCUCCUCGGGGCCUUAUCAUGCAUGUUGAUUGGUGACCGGUUUGGCCGGCGCAGGACGGUGUUUCUGGGCUCGAUUCUGACCCUCAUCGGACAAGUCCUGCAGGUGUCGGCUUCCCAGCUGGUGCAAAUGGUCAUCGGCCGUUUGAUCCUGGGCGCUGGAGUGGGCCAGUUCAGUGUUGCGGUGCCGGUCUGGCUGGCGGAGUGCUCCGAGGCAAAGAACCGGGGCCAACAUGUUAUCUUGACGGGUGUAUUUAUGUGUCUGGGCUAUGCGCUCUGCAACUGGAUCGACUUCGCCUUUACCUUUAUGCCUUACUCCACUCUCCAAUGGCGCAUUCCCCUGGCGCUGUCGUUCCUCCCCUCGGUGAUGGUUGCGGGCAGCGUCUUCUGCCUGCCCGAAUCCCCGCGGUGGCUGAUCAGCGUCAACCGGACGAGUGAGGCGGUUGCUGCUUUGGCGGCCUACAAGGGCCUCGACCCCGACGAUGAGGCCAUUGCCGCCGAGAUCAGUGGUGUGCAGUCCGCGCUGGAGACCAGUGUCAGGCAGGUUUCGCUGCUGGGGGUUCUGUUCAACCGUGGAGAUGAUCCGGAUCGCCUGCGGUAUCGAUUCCUGCUCUGCUUUUUCCUGCAAUUCUUCCAGCAGAUGUGCGGUGGUAACCUGAUCUCCGUUUAUGUCUCGACGAUCUUCGCGGAGAACCUCCACAUGAGCGCCGCCCUCGCCAAGAUCCUGGCUGCCUGCGCCCUAACGUGGAAGUUUUUCUGCUGCUUUAUUGCCUUUUAUUGCAUUGAUCGACUGGGCCGCCGGACGGUCUUUAUCAUCAGUGGCACAGGGAUGUGUGUCUGCAUGACAGUCAUGGCCAUCACUUCUAGUUUCCCCAGUACUAACCAAGGGGCAUCCAUCACCGCGGCCACCUUUAUUUUCCUGUUUAACUUCUUCUACCCGAUCGGCUUCCUGGGGGGAAACUUCUUAUACUGCACUGAGGUGGCUCCCAUCCACCUGCGAACCGCGAUGAGUGCCGUGUCGACGGCGAACCACUGGCUGUGGAACUUUGUGGUGGUGAUGGUGACCCCUGUGGCGCUGGAUACCCUCGGCUACCGCUACUAUGUGAUGUAUGCCGUGAUCUCGGCGUGUAUCCCCAUCUCGGUCGCGCUCUUCUACCCGGAGACGAUGAACCGCAACCUGGAACUGCUCGAUCAUGCCUUCCGGGAUGCCCCGACCCCCUGGCAGAUCGUGUCGAUGGCGCGUAGCUUGCCUCAAGGCGAGGUGACCGAGGCUGAGCUUUACCAGCGGGACCAGUUGAAGGAGCAGUCCGAAGGCUCUUUCGAACAGAAGGAACAUGUCUGA